AUGGCAUCCCAAGCCAGUCUUCUCCUUCAAAAACAGCUCAAAGAUCUUUGCAAACACCCUGUCGAUGGCUUUUCUGCUGGUUUGGUCGAUGAAGGCAAUAUUUUUGAAUGGAGUGUCACCAUAAUUGGACCCCCUGAUACUCUCUAUGAGGGAGGUUUUUUCAAUGCGAUCAUGAGUUUUCCUUCCAAUUAUCCAAAUAGUCCACCGUCGGUGAAAUUCACAUCAGAGAUAUGGCACCCUAAUGUAUAUCCUGAUGGCCGGGUUUGCAUAUCGAUCCUCCAUCCUCCUGGUGAUGAUCCUAAUGGUUAUGAGCUUGCAAGUGAGCGCUGGACACCUGUUCAUACGGUAGAGAGUAUAGUAUUGAGUAUCAUCUCAAUGCUUUCUGGUCCUAAUGACGAAUCUCCUGCAAAUGUUGAAGCUGCAAAGGAGUGGAGAGAUAGCAGAGAUGAAUUCAGGAAGAAGGUUGGCCGAUGUGUAAGGAAGUCACAAGAAAUGUUGUGA